AUUGUCUUUCCAAACCUCAAGAAGUUGGAGUUGUCCUCGCUCAACAUUAAAAGUAUAUGGAGCAGUCAGCUUUCUGCAAAAUCCUGCUGUUUUCAGAGUCUGACGGAUUUGAUCAUUGAGGGCUGUGAUCAUUUGAAACACCUAUUGUCGUUCUCUGUGGCUAAAUGUCUGGUUCAGCUUAGAUACCUUCACAUAAGCAGAUGCAAGAGGAUGAGAGAGAUAAUUGCACCAGAGGCUUCAGAAGAAAUGGAAGAUUUGAUUUUGUUCCCCAAGUUAAACGACCUGUAUAUUGGAGAUCUUGAAAACCUUCGUAGAUUUUGCUCCGGAAACUAUAGUAUUGAAUUCAGAGCCUUGAAGAAAUUGGUUAUAUACGAUUGUCCAGAAUUGAAUGGGUUCAUAGUCAAUGCGGGCACAGAUGUCACAGGUGGAAUACAGCCCCUCUUUAAUGAAAAGGUUGCUUUUCCCAGCUUGGAACAAUUGGAUAUCAGUAGGUUGGCGAAGUUGAGGAUCAUAUGGCACCACCAACUCCCUGCAGAUUCGUUCUGCAAACUAAAAAAUUUAUCCAUUUCAUUUUGUGCUAAAUUAUUGAAUAUUUUUCCAUCUUAUAAGCUUGCCAGAUUAUUGACAUCAGUGGAGGAGUUAAGGGUAGGCUGUUGUGAUGGUCUAGAAGAGAUAUUUGAACUUGGGGAAUUGAAUGUGGAAGAGUCACGUGCUGUUCCUAGGUUUGCGCUUCCUCAUUUAUCUACUAUUGGGCUGUGUGGUCUACGAAGUCUCAAAUAUUUCUAUCCUGGAAAACACAUAAUAGAGUGCCCCAAGUUAAAAGAUUUCUUUGCAUCUGGUUGCGGCUCUUCAGUAGAAACAAAAGGAGAAAGGCUUGGCAUAUCUCCGAUUCAACAACUGCUUUUCUCUAUAAAGGUCUUUCCUAAAUUAGAGGUACUGUCAUUAACAAGUGAUGACGUCGCAGUGAUAUUUGACGAGCAAUUUCCGAGGGACCUCUUUUGCAAUGUUAAAGUUCUUCAUCUUCUUACUUAUAAAGAUAAAUCACUUUUGCUUUCAAUUCGCUUCCUUCAAUGUUUCCGCAAGCUGGAAAAGCUUCAUGUAGCUAAUGCUGAUUUGGAGGAGUUAUUCCCUUCUGAAGGAGACGCUGAUGGUCAGGAGAAAUGUGUGGGAACACAGUUACAUAUUAGAGAGUUGAAUUUGGAUUUUCUUUAUAAUCUGAGGCAUAUAUGUAACCAAGACUCAAGAGGAGCUGACCUAAUUCUUCAAAAUCUUAAAAUUCUGGAAGUGAAGUUCUGUUUUGGCUUGGUUAGCUUAACAGCAUCUACGGCACCUUUCCACAAUCUCACCACUUUGGCUGUACACAGUUGCUCAGGGUUAAGAAACUUGGUUUCUUUCUCAACAGCUCAAAGCCUGGUUCAACUUGAAACAAUGAGCAUAACAUAUUGCGACUCGCUGACUGAAGUAGUUGGAGACGAAAGAGAUGGCUUAGAAGAUGAGAUCGUUUUUAAGAAAUUAAAAGUUUUGAAACUUGAACAGUUAACAAACCUUACAAGCUUCUGUUCAAGACUUAAUUUCGCCUUCAAGUUCCCAUGUUUAGAACGCUUGGUUGUGAGUAAAUGUCCCAACAUGGAGACCUUCUGUAAGGGAGUCCUAAAGACUCCAGUGCUGCAGAGAAUAUCACUGAAUGACUACGAUGAGGGGCGUCUGGUGGGUGAAUUGAAUAGCACCAUAAAUCAAUUGUAUGAAGAAAUGGUUGGAUACGCUGGGUUAAGCCAUUUGAAACUCUCGGAGCUUCCUAAAUUGAUGGAAAUAUGGAACAAGAACCCUCAAGAUAUAUUGAAUUUCCAGUUGAUUUUAUUUCUGAGAAUUUGUAACUGUGAUAGCUUAAGAUACCUCUUAACUCCAUCCAUGGUGUUGAGUCUUUCUGGUCUCUGGGAAAUCAGGGUACAAAACUGUGAAAUGAUGGCGCAAAUCAUCACAGAAGAGGAAGUUAUAGAGAUACCAGAAAAUAAAAUGAUAUUCCCCACACUGCACACCCUUGCUCUGAAGUCUUGUCCCAACUUGGUAAGUUUUGUUGUGGGAAGUUAUAAACUUGAGUUUCCAUCAUUGUUGUCUAUCGACAUGGAUAAUUGUCCAAAGAUGGUAUCAUUUUCAACAUUUUCAAUAAUGCGAGAGAAAGAGACAACUGUUGGAGGAAGUGAAGAAAGGUUUAAUAUCCCUACUGAACCAUUUUUCAGCGAUCAGGUGGUGUUCCCUAAUUUAAAGGAGCUUUUUAUCUCCCAGAUGGGGAGCUUGAUCAAGAUAUGGGAUGAACAACUUGAUGAAGAUUCCUUCCACAAACUAUAUCUCCUCCAUGUAAAUUAUUGUGAAAAACUAUUGACCAUUUUUCCAAUUAAUAUGGUAGGGAAGCUACAAGACCUAGGCGAGCUGCAGAUAAGUGAUUGUGAGUCAUUAGAAGAAAUUUUUGAACCUCAAGGACUAGAUGUUGGUGAAUCAAAAGCACAAAUAACUGCUCAAUCAGCUUUGGUGGAAACAACCCCUAAUUUUGUAUUUCCAAAAGUAAAAUCUUUGGAUCUUUGGUGGCUACCCAAUCUCAAGAGUUUCUACACUCAAAUACAUACUACAGAAUGGCCAUCAUUGAAAAAAAUCGACAUGAUUGGAUGUGAUAAAGUGCAAAUACUAGCUUCAGAAAUUCUGAGAACAAGUGGAGAGAAGCAACUUGAAAUCCAAACUCAACACCCUCUGUUUUGGGUCAAUAAGGCUACAUUUCCCAAUCUAGAAGAACUGAUAGUGGAACAGAAUGAUGACCUGAAGGAGAUAUGGCAUGGUGAUGAUGAUGUCAAGAAUGACAUUAUUUUUACCAAACUGAAGUCUUUGCAACUUAAAUGUCUUCCAAGACUAGCAAGCUUCUGCUUAGGGAAUUGCAACUUUGAAUUCUUGUCUUUGGAAGAUGUAAUUGUGAUGGGGUGUCCAAAUAUGAUGACUUUCUCUGGGGGAGAAGUAAGCACACCUAACCUCCAGAAAGUAAAAUUCACAGAAGAUGAAGGUGUAGAAUGUUGGGAAGGUGGCCUUAACCCCACAAUACAACAAUUGUUUGCGGAAAAGGUUGGAUAUGCUGUGGUAGAGCAUUUGGCACUCUUGCAGUUUCUUGAGUUGAUGGGAAUAAGGAGCAAGAAACCUCAAGAGAUCUUGAAUUUCAUAUGGCUUUGCUCUCUAGAAAUUUGUAAUUGUGGUAACUUGAGAUACUUGUUAACUCUUUCCAUGGCAUUGAGCCUUGUUUCUCUCAAAAAGAUGAAAGUACAAAACUGUGAACUGCUGGAGCAAGUCAUCUCAGAAGAAGGGGCCAACUUGAAGGACGGCAUUGUUUUCACCAAACUGAAGUCUUUGGAACUUAAAGGUUUACCGAGACUUGAAGGCUUCUGUUUGGGUAAUUGCAACUUUGAAUUCACAUCUUUGGAAGAUGUAAUUGUGAUGGCAUGCCCAGAUAUGAUGACUUUCUCUGGGGGAGAAGUAAGUACACCAAAACUGCAUAAAGUGAAAUUAACAGGAGAUGAUGAAGAUGAAGGAUGUUGGGAAGGUGGUCUUAACCCUACAAUACAGCUUUUGUUCACAAAAAAGAGUGUUGGUGAUUCUAAAGAAGACUGAAAUUUAUGCUUUAUAAAAGCUAGUGUUGGUUUGAUCUUCAAUAUGGUGAGUGGAUUCUCUGAUUCCAUCAACUUUACUUUUAUGAUAUUUCCCAUAAGGACACAUCUCUUAUACAAUCUCUACAUGUUCUUGAUAUCUUCUUACUGAUAGGUCAUAUGGCUCUGGAUUUUAGUGACUGCAAGCUGCAAAUUUUCUUGGCACCUAUAAUAUUAUUUAGAUUUCUAAAACUAGUCUUCAAAGUUUUUGAACUCCUUGUGUGACUUUGACUUGUUAGUAUUUAAUUUCAUGUCUUGGUUUAUUGUGGUGUUUAGGACAAUAUUUAAACCUUGUGUUAAUCAGAACAUAUGUAUCUUAAUACAAAAAAUGUGGUGUCUAAACUUUGGUAUUGUAGCUUCUAAGCAUUUUAUUUUCUUUUGCUGGCUUGGUUUUGAACAUGAUGUUGCAACAAGAUUUCGUAUGAAUCGAGCUAUGCAUUGUCUUAUGCA